AUGGAAGCCAGCCUGGGCGUCCCUGGCCACGGGCCCCGCAUGGAGCUGGAUGACGAGGACUACUAUCCCCAGGGCAGCUGGGACACCGUCUUCCUGGUGGCCUUGCUGCUCCUGGGGCUGCCGGCCAAUGGGCUGAUGGCGUGGCUGGCGGGCUCGCAGGCGCGGCAGGGCGCGGGCACACGGCUGGCGCUCCUCAUGCUCAGCCUGGCCCUCUCCGACUUCCUGUUCCUGGCGGCGGCCGCCUUCCAGAUCCUGGAGAUCCAGCACGGGGGCCACUGGCCGCUGGGCACGGCCGCCUGUCGCUUCUACUACUUCCUGUGGGGCGUGUCCUACUCCUCGGGCCUCUUCCUGCUGGCGGCCCUCAGCCUGGACCGCUGCCUGCUGGCGCUGUGCCCGCGCUGGUACCCAGAGCGCCGCCCGGCCCGCCUGCCGCUCUGGGUCUGCUCCGGCGUUUGGGUGCUGGCCACCCUCUUCAGCGUGCCCUGGCUGGUGUUCCCCGAGGCCGCCGUCUGGUGGUACGACCUGGUCAUCUGCCUGGACUUCUGGGACAGCGAGGAGCUGCCGCUGCGGGCCUUUGAGGUCCUGGGGGGCUUCCUGCCCUUCCUCCUGCUGCUCGGCAGCCACGUGCUCACACAGGCCGCCGCCUGCCGGCCCCGCUGCUGCGGCCGCCGCCCGCCCCCGCCGCCCGCCCGCCGCGGCUUCGCGCGCGUGGCCAAGACCGUGCUGUCGGCCUACGUGCUGCUGCGGCUGCCCUACCAGCUGGCCCAGCUGCUCUACCUGGCCUUCCUGUGCGACCUGUACCCCGGCUACCUGCUGUGGGAGGCGCUGGUCUACUCCGACUACCUGGUCCUGCUCAGCAGCUGCCUCAGCCCCUUCCUCUGCCUCCUGGCCAGCGCCGACCUGCGCGCCCUGCUCCACGCCCUGCUGGCCUCCUUCGCCGCCGCGCUCUGCGAGGAGCAGCCGGGCAGCGUCCUGCCCGCCGAGCCCCAGAACGGGGCGCACGCCAGCCAGACUCCCCCGGAGGCCCGGCCACACAGGAACCCCCCGGCCCAGCCACCGGUGAAUCCCCCUGCCCAGACACCGGCGAGCCCCACGACCCAGGCACAGGCGAACCCCACGACCCAGGCACAGGUGACCCGCACGACCCAGGCACAGGUGACCCCCAUGACCCAGGCACAGGUGACCCCCAUGACCCAGGCACAGGUGACCCCAAUGACCCAGGCACAGGUGACCCAAAUGACCCAGGAACAGGUGACCCCACUGACCCAGGCACAGGUGACCCCACUGACCCAGGCACAGGUGACCCGCACGACCCAGGCACAGGUGACCCCCAUGACCCAGGCACAGGUGACCCCCAUGACCCAGGCACAGGUGACCCCAAUGACCCAGGCACAGGUGACCCAAAUGACCCAGGAACAGGUGACCCCACUGACCCAGGCACAGGUGACCCCACUGACCCAGGCACAGGUGACCCCACUGACCCAGGAACAGGUGACCCCAAUGACCCAGGCACAGAUGACCCCAAUGACCCAGGAACAGGUGACCCCAAUGAUCCAGGCACAGGUGAUUCCCAUGACCCAGGCACAGGUGACCCCACUGACCCAGGCACAGGUGACCCCAGUGACCCAGGCACAGGUGACCCCAAUGACCCAGGAACAGGUGACCCCCACAACCCAGGCACAGCCAGAUCCUGCAGGUCAGCCCUCACUGAGCCUUAUCACGCAGCCACAGCUUAACCCCCAGCCCGAGGAGAGUCCCGAGCCCCCAGGGACCCUCCCGACCCAGCCAGAGUCAGACCCCGCGGUCCAGCCCCCACCGAGCCCUGUGGCCCAGCCCAAGGUGAAAUGUGAGGUCCAGGGCCCAGAUCCCACAGGGCAGCCACAGGCCAGCCCAGCCCCCAGCCCCUGUGAGGAAACAGCCCUCGCCCCCGCCCCAGAAGCAACGCCUGCUGCGUCUGAGGGCCAAGGCCUGGGCAGGGGACCCCCAGAGGCGGCCCCAGGCGCUGGGCCCACGUGA